AUGGAGCUGUUCGAUACAGGAAACAUAUAUAUAAGGGGAAAAUGUUGCAUGAAACAAACAGUUGGUAUUACGAUGUCGAGUAGUAUCAGUCUAACUACAAAUAAUUUGAAGGAAUUGAAUCGGGAUAUUGAGUAUCUGCUGAACAGCACUGACGAUGAAAUCACCAAGAAAUGUCUGACCGCUGAAAUUGUGAAAGAGAUCCGUGUGAUGUUACUGAAGAAAUGGAUCAAAGUGUUGAUAAUCGUUGCGUUUGUGAUAUCACAGAUUUAUGUUCUACCGUUCUUAAACUGGAAUGCAUCGGCUAUUGGUCGAAUCGUAAUGAUUAAAGUGCUGAAGAUAUGGGAUUGGAGAUAUUUAUACAACGUUGAGUGUUUGAUUGAAAGAAAAGUUGAUGGAUCCGACCAUAUUCCUAUCUCUAUUGACGCCGUUGAAAACGAUUGUUCGUUUUGUGAGAACAUUGAAGACAUUCGUCACGAUUUGGACGUUUCAUAUUCUAAACUCAAGUCAAAUUACAUUGAUCGCGGAUAUCCAGUUGUGAUCGAAGAUCAUCAACCCCAUUCCGAGGACGGUAAUUUGUACGGAUACAUUGAACGCAUAAAAAAUCUGACCGAUUUGAUUGAUUCGAAUCCUUGCAACUUACAAACGAAUCUCGUGACUGGAUUGCAUUACAGAAACCUGAACGAUAUCUUUGAAUUAAUUGAAAGUUCCCGGGAUGGUUGGUUUUUGCAUUACAGAAAUUGUGAUUUUAGUGCGGUGAAAGCAUCACGAGCUCUGCACGUACAGCCUCCGUUUUUGAUAUCGCAUCUGAAACCAUUUUCGUCGAGUUGGAUUUUGAUUUCAAGCAUCUAUAAGACAUCGAAGCCGAAAAAAUUGCUGGUAAAACAUUUGGUUGUAGUGAAGCAGAUCAUCGGCAGCACAUACGUUCUUAUUGCACCGAAAGUGGAAUGUAAAGAAUUUUGUAGCGACUUUGAAUUUCAUUUAGAAGUUGGCGAUUCAUUUGUCUUUUCGGCAGAACUUUGGGAUUUUUCAUAUUACCCAUCUGCAGAAGGCGAAGCGGUCACUUCCAUUCGAGAAUAUGAGUUGCAAAUUUAAAUGUUUAACGCGAGAAAUAAAUUGCAAAUAAAUUGAA